GACUCCAUUGAGCGAAGCCUUGCGCACGCGCAGGGGGGGGGGGACUCCACGCACCAGUCAGCACCGCCGACCGACGGGCAACGCGCGCGCGCCACAACUUUCAAAAACCGAACUUUUAUUCCGAUUUCGAAAACUUUUUCUUCCAGACCCGAACGUUUGUGUGCCAGUAUUUUCGUUCAGUGCUAAAGUGCGUAAAAAGUAUUUCCCAUAAGUGAUUGUGUUCAACCAGUACUUACCAAUGUUUGUGUGCAACACCUAUGUCAUUGAAUGAAGUACUUCGACCAGUUGCAGCGAGCGAAAAUGUGACUGUUCAAGCGCGGGGAAACGUGAAAAUGGCUGUAGAGAACGUUCUCGCGUGAAUCAGGAUUUUGUUAGAGAAAAUGCGGGUGUUUAGUGGGAUUGUGCUGGUGGGUUUCGCGUGUGCUGUGAUCGUACAAUUGUCAGUAUGUGAGGAGGUGGAUGUGUCCGAGGAGGCUGGCAGCAGUCAGGAGGCCAAGAGCGAGGAACAGGAUCCAAGGAAGGAUGGGAAGGCCGGCCUUAUAUCAGGCUCCGGUCGGCGCACCACCACGCAGUCCAGUGCCAACGCGACGCGGGACUCGCAGCUACUGUCGGUGCUCGCGGCGCGCCGGCGGCUGCUGCUGCACGGGCGGUUGGCUACGCACAUCAACACGCUCGCCUCGCUGGCGCAUAAGAGCAAUCGGACUAACACAACGUUUGCUCAGUUAGAAGUAAGAGACUCAAACAGCUCCGUUGUCAAAAGGAUCACAUUUGAGAACAACAGUAACGACUUUUCACCGACACUGAAACUUGUCACUACCGACGGCUCUACAGAAAUACGACAAGACGUUAAGCCGCACGAACUAAGACAUCUAUUUAUACCGAAGGUAUACCACGACAACAGAAGCAGAGCUGGGUUUCUAAAUAAUAGAAGGAAAGAGGCUGCCAAUGCAUCAAAAGCUAACAGCACGAGUCACAAAACAGCAUCGGAGAAUAAUGGAGCUGUAUAUAUCCCACCAGAGAAACUAGAAGGAUUAGACAAAGAGAUUGAGCUUGACCCGGAAGAAGAAUUCCAAGUAGAUGAGUCUAACCAUGGGCUUUAUCUGUUGAAUUAUUCCGAUGCAGACAAUGUGACUAUCAAUCAGGAAUUAAAUAAAACUGUAAAUUCUAAUGAUACCAAAGAUACAACUACAAUCAAAAUAGAAACAUCAUCUUUAAAUACAACACCGAAAGAAAGUGCCACUCCAGAAGUCACCAGCAGUAAAGACGAAAAAUUGAGUAUAAAUUCAGUCACAAACAAUACUGAAAAUAAGAAUACUAAACUUUUAAAAGUUGAAAAUGAAAAAGAUAAAACUAGCAAUACAACUCUUUUUAUGUCAGAUGAAAUUUACAACCACUUUCGGCCUCUAGAAACUGAAUUAAAUGCAGAAGAUAUGGCUCCAUUUAUAUAUUUUGGACAAAAACUGGGAGGGCAAGUCAUAAAUGAUAAUUUAACUAAUUUACCUUCACUAUCAGCUUCUACAAAAGCGGUAAACUUUAUUAUAGCACCAUCAGAUAAAAGAAAAUUUAAUUCGAGAUACUCAGCAACGGAAAAGUAUCAAAACUCAAGUGUCGAUGAAGAAGAGAUCAAUGAAGACAUGGAUGUGGCAGUUGUUAAGAAUGUUAUUGAAAAGAAUAAAAUUAGAAACUCGGUUAAAGGCUCUGCUCCUGGUAGACAUGUCGGUUUAGUUAAUGCUUAUAGGAAAUAUACAACUGUAUCGACUUCAAAGCCACCAAGCAUAGCUCAAUUAAACGUAACUGAAAAAAUCAUAAGCGUAACACCUAGUACUAUAGAUAGAAGUAAAGUAAAUAACCGAACUAGUAAUGCCAGUAUAAAGGAAACUAUUAAUAAAACGAAUAUUUCUAAUUCUACGGAUAUUACCAUCGAAUUUAAUACGACCAAUGGUACUGAUACAACAUCUACAAAUAAAAUCAAUUCUACAACUAAUGCAGCUCCUAGAAAUUACACAAGAAACUAUCACAAUGUAAGACGGCGCCCAUCAAAAAUCACUGCUGCAUCGAAUUCGGAAAGUCUAAUACCGAUUAUUGUAGUAAACGCCACGACAGAGAAAGCGUCAACUUUAGUUUACACUGCUGUCGUAACAUCAGUUUCGAUAACAUCUUCUAUGAAAGGCAAGAAUGCUACAGAUACGAACAACGGAACCAUUGAUGAACCUACCAAUUUGACUGAUAAUAAUAUUCCAAAAGCAAUUCUAUUGAAUGUUAGUGAAAGCACUCCUUCAAUACCUACGCCAACUAUUCAAACAACAACAAAAUCUAACAAACAUAGAAUAAGGAUUCGAACAACUACUACUGAAAGCAGUUUGAACAGUUCUCCUUUAGUUUACAUGCAUAAAGCUACUGAAUCACCAAUUUUAAGCGAAAUAACCACAAAAAGUGUAACCGAUCUGAAGAAUGAAGCAACUGCAUCUAGAAUAUCAGAGAGACUACAAUCUCUUUACGGUAAUAAACCAGAAAUAGACAAUUCAACGGAUUCAAGUACGAUACGACCCAAGAAUAUAUUGAACAGGAGAAGAAGACCUACAACUGUAAGCACUACUACAACUCAAUCAACGACCACUCCGUUCCCUUCAACUUCUUACAGUACAACUGAGAGACCUGUUGCUACCACGUCCAGCAAACCAUCUGUUACAUCCAGCUUCACCACAACUACAGAAAAAGCAGAUUCAACAGAAAAUACAUUCCAGCCUUUUAUAGUUACCUCAAGAACUUCAUCUAAAUCUAGCUCAAAACCGUUGCUAAAGCCGUCAAAUGCAGUAAACUCUUCCCUCACAAAUAACACGAAAUUGUUCCAAAAUUCGGGCGCAGAUAAAGAAGACGAGAGUUCCAGAGAAGAAGUGGUAAUUGAAGCCGAAAAGACUUAUACAGCGUCAUACGUUUUGGCGGGCAUCGGAUUUCUCCCAGUUGCAGCUAUAAUAGCAUUUGUACUUCGAAGUAUUUUGAAUAAGAAAACUAAAGAGCUAGACACUGAUUAUGAUGGAUAUUUUGAAGAUAGUGACAUAAAGAAAGAAAAUCCUAUUAUUCCUGUAGCAAGACCUCCAAUGCCUCCGCCAUCGAAGCCCGAUCAGAAAUGGGAGUUCCCGAGAAAUAAGUUGAGACUACAAACUUUGUUGGGACAAGGAAACUUCGGACAGGUGUGGAAAGCAGAAGCGGACGACCUCACAGGCCACGACGGACUGACACGACUGGUAGCAGUCAAGAGCAUCAAGGAGACGGCCUCACAGAAGGAGAAGCAGGAGUUGCUGCACGAGAUCUACGUCAUGCAGAAGAUAGGGACGCAUCCUAAUGUGGUUACACUGCUCGCUUGCUGCACUGAACAAGAGCCCUAUCUCCUCAUAAUGGAGUACGUGAUGUGCGGCAAGCUGCUCACCUACCUGCGUGAGCGGCGCUCCCGCCCGGACCGGUUCAGCGGCAGUGGCGCCCUCACUUCGAGAGAUCUUACUGUGUUCGCGUACUGCGUGGCUCGCGGCAUGGACUAUAUUGCUUCUAAGGGGAUCGUGCACCGCGACCUGGCCGCCCGCAACGUGCUGGUCGACCACAACAAGCUCUGCAAGAUCGCAGACUUCGGCAUGUCCAGAGAGGUGUCAGGCAACGAGGAGCGCGCCAAGCAGCGCCACGCGCUGCCGGUGCGCUGGAUGGCGCCUGAGGCGCUGCUGUACAACGUGUACAACCACGAGACCGACGUGUGGGCCUACGGGAUACUGCUGUGGGAGAUAGUCACGCUUGGUUCAACACCAUACGCAGCGAUGACAGGCCGAGAAGUGCUGGCAGCCGUCACAGAAGGCUACCGGCUAGAGCGCCCACCGCACUGCAAGCCGCAACUCUACCGAGCCAUGCAUUCCUGCUGGCAUUCAGACCCGACGCAGAGACCGUCCUUUGCGACCAUCAAGUCUCAGCUAGCGGAGCUGCUGGACAAUGAGCCAGCUGAAGGGAAUUAUGUGGAUCUGGAUUCUUUCUAUCAGGAGUCGUCGGUGUAUAGCGACCCGUCGGCCAUCAUACAUGAUGAGGAGGGGUUGUCGGCCGAGUAUGAUAGAGAAAGACGGGUGUUUAGAGAACUGGCGACGACCCCCACAAAGUACGACAACCGAGCCUUCAGCUUCCGCGACGAGGACCUGCGCAAGUUCGGAGUAGGCACUCCGCGCAUGGGCGGCUUCGGCAUUCGGGACGUGCCCUUCAACGGAGACUUCAACGAACGGUUCAAUGACCCCAACUUCACCGAGAGGAAAGACGGGAAACUAUCCACUUCCAGCUUCCACAGAGAGAGAGAAAGAGAUAACACGUUGGUCAGCAGAAAUAGCUUCAGUGGGUUCCCAAGAAUCAACUCUAGAGAUCCACAUUUUCAGUUGAUAUCUGAAGGCCGCAACAAGAGAGUGCCCGAGUUCGAGUGUGAUAUUUAAACUUGAGUUUUCUAUUCGAGAAUACGUAAAUUGGAGUUCCGAGUCGAUUUUUGGCAGUUUUCUUUCGCACAGUGUGAAUACAUGACAUGAACUCUUUACUUUUAAGUUCAAUUUCAAUCAGACUUGAAAUUCUGCAACUUAAAAACGUAAUUGUAUUGUUGUAAAUAGUUGUUAUUUAUGUACCACAGGUUUAUAUGUUUAUGUGUACUUAUUGUAUAGAGAUUUUAUUGAGUAGGAUUAUAAUUAUAUGUAAAUAAAUAUGAAAGGUAUUAAUUGUAAACCAUUGAAGAUAUUAUGCAGUAGUGUAAUGUUUAUAACGACUGGAAUAAAUUGUAAAUAUUGCUUAUAAGUUUAGAUUUUGAUAUUGUGUUCGUGGGUUUUGAUUUUAAAUCGCAGUUUAUUUUCAUUAAAUGGUGCAAUUUUUUGGUUUCACUUUAAAAUGUUUUCAAUGUAAGAUUUUAUAUAACUCUGGUGCUACAUUUUUAUGAGUAGUUUAUUAAAUGUUAACAAAAAUGUUUUCUCUUUAAAGUACUAAGAAAUCUCUAUUUGUUACUGUUAUUUCUCAAUACUUUCAAAUCUCAGUUCAAUAUUACUUUCUAGUCUUUAAUAAUUGUACGAUAUUAAUGAAUUGAUGUAAGAUAUGAAUAUUAAAUGUUUGUGUGGAGUUUUUUUUAUAUGAAAAUAUAA